AUGGUUUAUGAAGCAGCAAGACUUGUUCUCGAAGAGGCAGAAAGGGAUAGAAACAAAAACAGUGAUGAACAGGGUGCAAGAGCGGCUGCGAGGGCACAGGAACAGCGGAUUCUUUUGUCCAGUUAUGCUAGACCUAGUCUGGCAACUAUUAUUAAGGCUAUCGUUAGGCCUGACAUUACUGGAAAUUUUGAGCUGAAAGAAAGAAUAGUGCGGCUGGUGCAGCAUACAUGCCAGUAUAUCGGUAAAUCUAGUGAAGACCUGCAUAAGCACUUGAUGCAGUUCGUGGAGUUGAGCGAGAAUUUCCAAUAUAGAGAUGUUCCCGAUGAUUAUGUGAAGCUGUCCUUAUUUCCGUUCUCAUUGAUUGGUGAAGCGAGGGAGUGGUUGACAAAUCUACACGGUUCUAUUAUUUCUUGGGAGGUAUUAUCGAAUAAGUUCAUCGACAGGUUUUUCUCGCCCAAGAAAACAAAGGAGCUGCAAGGAAGAAUUGCUAACUUCACUCAGAGAGAUUCUGAAUCUCUACCACACGCUUGGGAAAGGUAUAAGGUUUAUUUACGAGAUUGCCCACAUCACAUGCAGCCAAAGGAGAUCAUUGGAAACUAUUUUGUAGAAGGACUUAACCAUGAAUCAAGGGCCUUGUUGAAUACUUCAGCUCAAGGGCAGAUCUUAAACAAAACAUAUGAAGAGAUGGAAGCUCUCCUCGAGAUGAUGUCCGAAGGUCAUCACGAGUAUCACGAAACUAGCCGGGGGUUACCACAGAAAGCUGUUGGGGUUCUUCAAGUUGAUGAUGUUGCAGCUAUUCGGGUUGAUAUAAGUACUCUUACUAAUGUGAUGUUGAGGGCGUUUCCUCAAGCUCAGCAGAUCCAACCAGUUCAACAUAUUCAGCAGGCAGCAUGUGUAAGUUGUGGUGAGCCUCAUGAUUAUAGCAAUUGCCCAUUGAAUCCAGAGUCUGUCUAUUUUAUGGGCGAUGGGAACCGUGGUAUUGGAAAUCGGGGAAACUAUUAUGGAAAUAAUUACAACACUCCAUUCGGGAAGCAGGACUUCCACAAGCCGAACAAUUAUCAACAACCUCAGGCUCAGCCAGCUAGCAAUUUGGAAGAGAUGAUGACGCAACUCAUAGCUCAAUCACAAGUAACGUAG